GAAGGAGGAGUUAUGUAGAUUACGGAUGAACAUUCUGGAGGGGAGCGAGGAGAGGAGGGAAGGAGAAGCAGAGGCGAGAGAGUGAGGAGCGGCGGAGGCCCUUCCCGCAGGAGCUGGGGGCGGCGGCGGCGGAGGAGGAGGAGGAGUAGGCGGUGGAGGAGGAGGACGCACGGGCUGGAGGCGGCGGCGGCGGCGGCGGCUGCUGCUGCUGCUGCUGCGGCUGCGACUAGGCGCUUUGAGCCGGAACCGCCGGUGAACUUGGGCGCCACGUUCCCGGUGACUGACCCCGGAGGAUGGUGAACAGGAACUACUGCUGACCCUGUCUUCGCCGCUGCCUCUCGGGUGCUGCCGAGCGCGGGGCCCCUGUCUCCUCCCCUUGCCCGGCUGUGGGUGAACCUGCAGGCUCCUUACCCACCCGGAGGACUUUUUUUUGAAAGGAAACGAGGGAGGGAGGGAGAGGGAGAGAGGGAGAAAACGAAGGGGAGCUCGUCCAUCCAUUGAAGCACAGUUCACUAUGAUCUUACUCACAUUCAGCACUGGAAGACGGUUGGAUUUCGUGCAUCAUUCGGGGGUGUUUUUCUUGCAAACCUUGCUUUGGAUUUUAUAUGCUACAGUCUGCGGAACGGAGCAGUAUUUCAAUGUGGAGGUUUGGUUACAAAAGUACGGCUACCUUCCACCGACUGACCCCAGAAUGUCAGUGCUGCGCUCUGCAGAGACCAUGCAGUCUGCCCUAGCUGCCAUGCAGCAGUUCUAUGGCAUUAACAUGACAGGAAAAGUGGACAGAAACACAAUUGACUGGAUGAAGAAGCCCCGAUGCGGUGUACCUGACCAGACAAGAGGUAGCUCCAAAUUUCAUAUUCGUCGAAAGCGAUAUGCAUUGACAGGACAGAAAUGGCAGCACAAGCACAUCACUUACAGUAUAAAGAACGUAACUCCAAAAGUAGGAGACCCUGAGACUCGUAAAGCUAUUCGCCGUGCCUUUGAUGUGUGGCAGAAUGUAACUCCUCUGACAUUUGAAGAAGUUCCCUACAGUGAAUUAGAAAAUGGCAAACGUGAUGUGGAUAUAACCAUUAUUUUUGCAUCUGGUUUCCAUGGGGACAGUUCUCCCUUUGAUGGAGAGGGAGGAUUUUUGGCACAUGCCUACUUCCCUGGACCAGGAAUUGGAGGAGAUACCCAUUUUGACUCAGAUGAGCCAUGGACACUAGGAAAUCCUAAUCAUGAUGGAAAUGACUUAUUUCUUGUAGCAGUUCAUGAACUGGGACAUGCUCUGGGAUUGGAGCAUUCCAAUGACCCCACUGCCAUCAUGGCUCCUUUUUACCAGUACAUGGAAACAGACAACUUCAAACUACCUAAUGAUGAUUUACAGGGCAUCCAGAAGAUAUAUGGUCCACCUGACAAGAUUCCUCCACCUACAAGACCUCUACCGACAGUGCCCCCACACCGCUCUAUUCCUCCGGCUGACCCAAGGAAAAAUGACAGGCCAAAACCUCCUCGGCCUCCAACCGGCAGACCCUCUUAUCCCGGAGCCAAACCCAACAUCUGUGAUGGGAACUUUAACACUCUAGCUAUUCUUCGCCGUGAGAUGUUUGUUUUCAAGGACCAGUGGUUUUGGCGAGUGAGAAACAACAGGGUGAUGGAUGGAUACCCAAUGCAAAUUACUUACUUCUGGCGGGGCUUGCCUCCUAGUAUCGAUGCAGUUUAUGAAAAUAGCGACGGGAAUUUUGUGUUCUUUAAAGGUAACAAAUAUUGGGUGUUCAAGGAUACAACUCUUCAACCUGGUUACCCUCAUGACUUGAUAACCCUUGGAAGUGGAAUUCCCCCUCAUGGUAUUGAUUCAGCCAUUUGGUGGGAGGACGUUGGGAAAACCUAUUUCUUCAAGGGAGACAGAUAUUGGAGAUAUAGUGAAGAAAUGAAAACAAUGGACCCUGGCUAUCCCAAGCCAAUCACAGUCUGGAAAGGGAUCCCUGAAUCUCCUCAGGGAGCAUUUGUACACAAAGAAAAUGGCUUUACAUAUUUCUACAAAGGAAAGGAGUAUUGGAAAUUCAACAACCAGAUACUCAAGGUAGAACCUGGAUAUCCAAGAUCCAUCCUCAAGGAUUUUAUGGGCUGUGAUGGACCAACAGACAGAGUUAAAGAGGGACACAGCCCACCAGAUGAUGUUGACAUUGUCAUCAAACUGGACAACACAGCCAGCACUGUGAAAGCCAUAGCUAUUGUCAUUCCCUGCAUCUUGGCCUUAUGCCUCCUUGUAUUGGUUUACACUGUGUUCCAGUUCAAGAGGAAAGGAACACCCCGCCACAUACUGUACUGUAAACGCUCUAUGCAAGAGUGGGUGUGAUGUAGGGUUUUUUCUUCUUUCUUUCUUUUGCAGGAGUUUGUGGUAACUUGAGAUUCAAGACAAGAGCUGUUAUGCUGUUUCCUAGCUAGGAGCAGGCUUGUGGCAGCCUGAUUCGGGGCUGACCUUUCAAACCCAGAGGGUUGCUGGUCCUGCACAUGAGUGGAAAUACACUCAUGGGGAAGCUUCCAUGAUGCACAGUAUCUGCUGUUCUUCAGUCCUUUGUCUUUCUUUGUCAUUCAGUUCUAGGCCUUUCCUCUGCACGCUCAAUGCCCAGUAAAAUUUCAGGAUUAACUAAAGAAGAGGAGAAAAAGAAGAAAAGAUUCUUCUUAAAAGUUUCUAAUGUUAUUUUCCUUCUGAAGUCUGAGCCCAUUUCUGGGGGGAGAAAAAAAAAGCAAAUCAGAAAACCCACGAUUUUUCUUUUUCUUUUUUUUUUUUUUUGCUUUAAAACAAAGGGAAAAAAGAGUUUAAACAAAAAACCCACAAUUGAACUUCCAGGAAAGUGUGAAGACCCAAAACAGCUUUGUCUCCAAAGAAGAUAGCUCUCUGACUGCUUUGGAUAGUCUCCUACGCACCAUUUUGUCAGGUGGGAGAUUUGGAAUACACAUGCAGGACGUUAGACUGUUGGGACAGCCAUUUUCCAACAACCAAGGGGCCAAAAUAUCUGCAAUAUAGUAACAGCCUUAAUAAUACAUCCAUUUUUCGUUUUAUACAGCUGUUCUCAGCUAUGUCCUCAAUGUUUCAUCGCAUUUAUAUUCAUAGCUAUUUUCAAACACGACCUUUUAAUUGUUUUUGAAGUAUUUCUAAACCCCUUCUUUUCACCUUACUCCUCCAUCAUUGUGAUAAUCUUCCCAAGUUGUAUUAGGCCAUUGCCCCAGGCCUUCCAUGGGUCUGUCAGGAAUAUUCAUUACAAAGCAGAGCAAGAAGCAGUAUGUCUCUGAAGUGGAUUACAGUGACAGUUAUUUUACAAGGAUUUGUGACACUAGUAAUAUACCCGUGUAACCCUUUGAGAACUAUCAGACCAGCUUUCAGAGUCUUAGGAUUGUCGGUCUUGCGAUCUGAUAAAUUAUAGAACUGAGCAAUGGUAAAAACAGUCACAAGUUCAAGAAGUUCAGGUUUUUAAAACAGAUAUCCUAUAGUGUCAUAUAAUUUUAAAAUGAUUUACAAGACUACAUAAAUGUGUUUAUAACAAACAGAAAUGAUGUUACUUGCCAAAAUUUUUCUGGCAAAUAAAAAAGGUAUUUUAUUAAUAUUCUCAUAAGACUGAAAUUUUAUAUGAAAAACUGAUAAUAGCCUAAGUCUUCUUUCCUUUUUUUUAGGCAUACUGAAUUUCUGUUUUAAAAUCCAUUGCAUGAAAAUUCAAUUUGCCUUGGUAUAUGCAGUUAGCAUUGCCAUUUUAAAAAUGAAUUAAAACGAUGACUCUGAAGUUGCAUGAAUAUCCUCCAGUGCAUUACCUAUUGCAUGUCCACCAUAGUUCUCAAAGGGUUAGUGUGGCUUCUGGCAUUUAGCCGUCCAUUUGAUCACUGACAGAGCCAAGAGACCACCAAAGCAUUUCAUUGUUGAGUGUAAUUUGUCCUAACAGCAGUAUUGUCAUUUUCAUGUGACCUGCAGAGCAGGUUUGUAUCAAUAUUUUUUUCCUAGAGAAAAGUCAGCAACUGACAGACCUCUUUAUUGAUUUUUAGGAGCUGCUUCUUGCAGUGAAAGGCUUUACAGCCACUGGGCUGUGAACUUAUUAGAGAUGGUCAGAAUGAAUGCACCCCAUGAGUCAGACAUUGGCUUUGUGUGAAAGCCAGCUUUGAGGGGAUUAGCUUUUGAAACAAUGAACAGCUUGCCUUGAACUUGAUUAUUGAUCUAUUGACUGUCAUUAACAACAACUUAAACAUUGUCUUCUGUGAAAAUUUUCCUUGAAGAGUCCUGUUCUAUGUCUUUGCCCUUUGACCUUUAACUUGCAAACUGGCACAAACUGAAGGAAAUCUGGUGUUGCUUCUCCAUUGGAUUAGUUGUUCUCUAAAACCUAGUAAGCAUGAGCUGUUUCCUUAGAAUGGAGAGAGUGGUGAUGGCAGAUCUGCAGAUGGACACUUUGCUCUUUACAUGCACACUCUGAAAAUGCCCUAUAGGUAGAAGUGAAUUUUAAUUUCAUUUUAAUAUAAUUUCAAGUCUAAAUUCAUCAUUUUAGUACAAAUUACAAAAACUAUAGGAAAAAAAAAACCUCAAAUACUUGAAUGGCCAGUGUGGCUUUUAUAUAAAGCAGGAAUUUUAUACUAGUAAAAAUUUCUUACUCAUUUGCUAAUACACAUUUCCAGAUGAUUUUUAAUGAGUGUAGGUAUACAUUCUUAUUUGGAAAUGGAUAGUUUGGCUGCCUUGAAUUUAUAUUUAUACUCAACAUAGCAUGAAAAUUAGAAUGCCUUUUGGUUAAACUACAUGUUUAUGAUUUGGUUGGGGAAAAUAUUUUAUAAUUGUGGGUGGCAUGCUGCAAAGCCUCGCAGAUUGUUAUUUCUUACAACCUGAGCAUAUAUAGUGUGAGGCUAAGAAAAAAGAACAGUAAGAAAAGAAGAAUGGGUUUACAGUAAAAUAUUAUACAAUGUAGACAAUAUUUUAAGAGGAUAUUGGAGAUUAUGUACGCAAGGGCCAAGAAAGCAAGAAAUGAGAACCAGAGUCAGCCCUGUAGCUUUACUUCAGUGCUUCCAUUCUAGAUGAUGCUGAUAUUAUAAAGAGUUAGUCAAUGCUGCUAAGCAUGGAGGACUAUAUACAUAAGCUCGUUUAUACAGUGUUUGCCUGUGGGAGGGUUUAAUCCUUUUAGGGCCUUGAUGUCGAGAAAAAAAUAACUGGAAACUAUAUUUUGCUAAAGAUAGAAAUGAGGAACUGUGUCAUUUUGGGACAUGUGCAAAUCGUUGAGGAACUCCAUCACCCUGCAUUGAAAAUUGAUUUUUUUUUCCUCUAAAAUGAGAAAGAAACUGAAUAAGCAAUCUGUUGCCUCUUUACUCAUUCAUCACAAUAUCCUGAUUCGUCAUAAGACUAUCAGUAUAUAAGGGCUAGAAAAUAAUCAUAGCAUUAAGAAGGAAGGAGUCUAUCAUUAUGCUUGAAUUCUGGCAAAUGUCAUGAAUAAGGGUUGGGUCAUAUUUACUUUAAUAUGAGACAAGAUUUAUGUGAUAAGCAAAGGCGUAUAAGGCUGCUCUUUUGACUAGAACAUUUCAGUUAUCAGGCUGUACUAUUACAAGAGAUAAGAAGACAAUAAGGACAAUGUAAUCACAAACACUGGGAUUCCGUUUGUUUAUUGUACGCCAGCUACUUUGUGGGUGUGGUUCCUGACUCCUCUUCUACUUGAGGUUUGGGGAAAUAGUCUCAAUCCAAAUAGAACAGUGAAAGGGAAAGUAAUUCAUCUAGCACAUGAGAAUAGUGAUUCAAAACCAAUGUGGAAUAAAUUUCCAUGGGUCAAUAACAUAAGGUGUCAGUUCAGUAUUAGUAGAGAUAUGCAAGGCAUAAAAUAUUUUCAUCACCCCAUCACUAAUAACAUGAAAAGCUCAGACAUAGGAUUUCCCAAAUUGAAAUGAAAACACAUUCAUGCCUGCAAAAAUAAUUCUCCUUCUGCUUCAUUUCUCAUUACUUUAUCUAAUAUAAACACAAAUGUAAACAAGGUAAUGUUCUUCACAUAAAAUGACCAUAUAGUUAAGAAUUUUAGUAAAAUAUUGUUGUUCUGUGUAUUAUUAAACAAAUGCAAUGAAGUAUUAAAAUAGCUGAUCAGUUUGAAUUUCCUGUAAAGCAGUAAUUCCGCAUCAGAAUUGUAGAUAAGGUUGUGAAUUUAUUGACUCAUUUCAGAACAGUGUCUGUUGACAUGGCAGUCAGAGCAGGUGAAUACAGAUGCUCUUUCUGAUUGCAAAGGUUAUAGAGCUAAAUUAGACAGCAUUAGGUUAUACUAGCAAAGACAACUUCUGUUAUAAAUCAGAGGGCAAGGCUUUUCUGAAUCGAUGUGAUAAAUUACUAAGUAAUGAUUACCAAAAAUAAUUACUAAGUAAUAAAGGAUACAGACUGGUUUACUGAAAUAACCAAGUGUUACAUUUAAUAAUUACCUAUAAUCUUUUUUUGUUAACACAUAAUUUGGCCAUUUCAUAUACUGUGUACCUAUUUUCAUUCCCUCUCUGUGGGUCAUUAAAAAACACAAUGUGGUGGAUAAGAACAUUGUCCAAACUUCACUGCUAGUUCCAAUACGUAGAUGAUGGUGUAUAAACUGGAUUGUAGGGGUAGUCAUAUUUGUAAGUUCUACAUAUUAUGCUAAUAUAUCUAGUAUGGUACACAUACACGCCCACACUUUGUGGAUCUUACAGUGGAACAAAUAGUGUGUCCAUAUUAACUAAACUCAAAGUGCUAUCUGAAGAGGAAUGGAUGCUAUAAGCAAACAGACUGAGUUAAACUGAGUCAUGAAAAAAUAUAUAUUUUUAAGUUUUUGGAAUCAUUUCCAGAAACUAAUAAAGGGAAUUAUUUACUGGUAGUAUUGAGUCUGUGAGAUUGUAGUAUAUACUGAAACAAUCUUCUGGAUGGUGGUAAUGUCUUUUUUAGCAAACACAGUAGAGAGCUUAUUUCAUUUCUGAUGCUUUCAAGGGCAUAUUCCAAAGUUAUCACAGAUGUCAAAUAGAAUAUGCUGUAUAAACCAAAAAUGUACAUUUCAGAUGACCUGUUACAGCAAUCUCAGCCAAUAUGUAAUAUCACAAAAUGUGUCAAGUCAAUCAUAUAAGAGGAUCUAAUCAUUCGGCUGUAUUUCAUGUACCUUCAUGAUGUUGAUAUACUGUGACCACAGGAAAUAGGUGCCAGGGCAUAUGUAGUUAAGUUACAGGUUCCACGUUGCCUAGGAGGGAAUCAUAACUACAUCAGAAAAAUUUUAACAGUUAUAUCUUAAAAAUUAGAAUUUUAUGUAAUUAAUAAAGCGGCAACCAGGAAUAGCAACACACCAUAAAUAUGAAAGCUAAUUAUUAUAUUUAAUAAAUAUAAUGGAAAUGGAGAAAGAGGAAAAAUGAGUCUUUUGUUAAAUAUAAAGACAAACUAUAACACUCCUUGUUAAUACAACUGGAAAUUUUACUUUAGCAAGCAUAAAAUAGUGGAGAAAAAAAUGCAACUUCAGGCUCAUCGCACUAGUGAUGAUUAUGUGAUAUAUCAAUGUAAUAUUUAGCCAGUGGUCAUUAGAUGUUAUUGUGCUUAAACACAUCUGAUACUCAUGCAUUGCCUUACAGGCUAAAAAUGUAAGAGGUAGGUGUUCAGUAACCUCAGUUGGAAAGAUAUAUAAUGUUAGAAUCCCCUGAGACAAGCCAUUUCCCUGAAGUAGAAAUUUACCUCAAUAAUCAUGUAACCUAAAUCACUUGGCAUAGUAGCAAAGAAGUUGCCUUAGUGUUCUAGUCUCAUCUAAUUGUGACCUUUGUCUUUCAUGUGCUUCUGAAAUCAUUUUCCACUUUUUGCAUUGGUGUGAUUUUGACACAAUUCUGAAAUAUUUCAGGUAAGAUUAAUAACAUCCAAUUACAAAUAUAUGUUUCAAUAUUUUAUACAUAUGUCUCCUUUGAAAGUUAAACCAAUAGUAUAGAAAGCCUAAGAAUGAACACUGAUUGGACAUACUCACAGAAAUCAAGGGAAAAACACAUGAUAUUGUAAAAUUCCUGUCAAUGUUUGAGUAGAAUACAGAAGUACGUCGCAGUCUUCAAUUUUUAAACACAAUUAUGAGCUUAUAACUGGACGUGACAUGCAUCAUUUAUUCUAACAAUAUUAUUUAUACUAAGUAAGGAUAUAAGAUCACAGAAGCUUAGUGUUAUAACAGAGACUUCACAGACAUUCAUAACUAGCGCUUUCUAAGGAAAAUAAGGGCAAAACCCAGAACUCAUGGUCAGUGCAGAGUAAGUAUAAAAAGUUAUGUAUGAAAGACAUUUAUUUAUAGAGAUUUCCAAGGAUUCUAUGCCUUUUCAACUUAAAGAUGAGUGUGUCUUAGAAUUUAUUUUACGCAUCAUUGGACUGGGGAUAAUAUUCAAAUGUGCACUCAGCGUGUCCUCACAUUAAAGGGCACAUUGAACAGUAUAGGAAAAUACAUCAUAAACUAGAAUGUUGUACAGAUUCACGUAACUUUCCCAUGUGCUCUGCUGUGGAGCUGAAUUUAUAUGCCCUUAAAAAGAAAUAAGAAUCAAUUAAAUAUAAAUACAGAAAUAUACUUAUGUUAGGUCACUUAGCUUCAGUGCAAGAUGUCAUUAGCCUUUAUUUCACAGAGAAAAACUGGAAGAAAAGAAUGGUGAACAAGAAUAAAAUGAUAAACUUUUUGGCUUAUAGAGAUGUUUCUUGGGAAUUUUUUCCACUUGUUUUUAUCCAUGAAAAAAAUGUCAGUCACAAUACAGACAUUUCUGUAGUAUUUGGCCUGUGGGUAAACUGGAUCCCAGGCAGAAUACUUUUUGACACAGGCCUUUUUAUACAUGCUUUAUAUAUGAUGAAGCUUUGGUGAGAUGUGACUGCAUGGUAGGAUGCAUUUUCCUAGGAUAGGAUAUGGUGCUGCUUGUACUUGCCACCUUUUAUAUGAAUGUAUGUCGCUACAUUGGCCUGUCUUGCCAAGAUAUGGUUGAAUAAAGCCUGGUGUGAGCUGUCUAUUUGAAAAGUCACUAGGAUGCAUGUUUCAUUUGCUGUUACAUAAUGCCAAUUUGAACCUGUUUUCUCUAUAUAUUAACAAUCCAAUUGUUAAGAUAAAAUAUACUUUGCUUGAAUGAAUGAUUUUGGUAGUAAUAUGAGAGUUAUCCUAAAAUCAAUGUUAUAAUUUUUGCUAUUACUGAAAUACCAUCACAGAGGCCACAUUAUUGGCUGUCUUCUCACAGCUCUUUAGUAUAUACCAUUGCCUGAGUAAAAUUAGGUUUUUAGGUCUUUUUGGCAUUUACUUCUUUUAUAGCUGAUGUGGAAUCACUUAUUCCUUUAUAUGUUCAUAAGUACAAAAUUUCACUAUCUUAAUUACUUCCAAACAAACAAUUUCCAUGCAAGGGUGUGUGUGCCUGGUUUUUCUGCUCCUCCAAUUCUAAGAUCAUUAUUUGUUUGCCUUCUGUUUCUCAUCCAAAAAUACAGAUGGUUGGGAAAGAUACAUCUUACUGAGUUGUCCUAUGCAGUCUCUGUCUAUAUUUGCAUUUCUUUCUAUUUCUACCUUGUCUCUCUUUUUUUUUACACAGAUUUGGUUUUCCCUUCCCUUUGUAAAAACCAGAAUUGAGCAGCAUUGUACAUCAGAGAUGGUACCCAGGAAAUGUCUUUGUUCCUCAGUAUUUUUCUUCAAAACUUCCAUGCAAAGACAGUCCCAGUAAAGUUGACAUACAUCCCAACCUCUCUCAUUGGCUUUUCUAACUUUUUAUAGAGCUAUUCCCCUGAGAAAAGUGAAAUGCUGAGUAUAAUGGGUAUUGUCUGUUGAUAAGAUAGCUAAGGAAAUUUGCUUUUGGAGAAUGUAUCUUAAAUAAUUAUAUAGGAAAGUAGUCACAGUAUAGUGUUCUGUUUAAGGUACAUCAUGGGUACAUAAAUGCCCAAAACCUUCAUCCUUUGGUCUAUUUCUCUGUAUGUGUAAAUUACAUAUAUAUUAGAAAGAGAGAUAGAAUAAAAGAAUUAGGGGUGUUACAGAGGCAGCUUUUUGCUGCCUUGGUUUUGACUGUAUCAGCAUUUCUAUUGCAGACCUCUAUUUUCAGGGGUUUUAGAGAAUCGACCAUAAAAAUUUGUUUUAGGCUUAAAAGUUUUGAAAGAUUUUUUUUAGGUAUCUAAUUUUAAACAAAUAGAUCUUGUUUUUAUAUUAUAGGAGGGAAAUAAAUGGAGUUUACUAGUUCAAUUUUGCGCUAAUAUAACUUUUAAUAAACUUAACUUUUUAAACGAAAACAUAAAAUCUAAUUAGUUCAUAGUUGGUUGAUGCUUUUUUAAAAGAAUCAGUUAUUGACCUUGAGAAACUUGCCUGCUUCAUCAGUAUAGUAACCUGUCUUUAAGAUGUUUUAAAACGUGUAUACCUAUAUUAACAUUAUCUUGAUUCCAGUGGCGGAUCAGUAUGAUAAUGCAGAUUUAUGACAUCCAUAUAAGCUAUCUGGUAAUAUAGAUUUGGGAAUAUAUAGUAUAUAUGAUACAUAUAUAUAUAUAUAUAUAUAUAUAUAUAUAUAUAUUUACUAGAUAGAUUAAGGAGAAAAAGCUCCCAUAAACUUAGUUUGUCAAAUAAAUACCAUAUAUUAAAAAAAUGCACAGACAUUUAUCAUUCAGAGUCAGAAUGAGAUGCAAGUAAUUGCAAAGGGAAGUUGUCUCUUGGGUAAACAAUACAUAUUUUAUAGCUUCUUAUGAAACUAAUUUUUUCCUUUCUAUAUUGUGGUUAUCGGAAAGUAAAAGAAUUAAAAUUAAUACAGACUUUAUUUAAAUAACAUUAAACUGUGAAGCAGAGAGAAACGCCAGGAAAUUAAAUAUUUAGGCCAUUAUCUUGUGGUUGUCUGACAAUACUUCACCUUUCUUUUCAUUCCCCAUGAUGUUUUCAGUUAUGGAGAGAGUAUUAAAAUCUAGAUUUAAGUUUCUGCAUUGUUCUCAUUACACUCAACACUAUUUCAUUAAGUUCUUGAUAAUAUGUAGUCUUCUGUGUGCAAGGAAAGAAAUAAAUAACACAUUUAUUUGCUGAAUGAGUUUUAAGGUGUGCAAGUUGUAGUGAUGUUUUUCCCACACAGGAUUCUAUACAUUUAUACCAUCUUAAAUCUGGCAUUUUUUUUUUUUUUCAGAUAGCUUCUACUGACAAACACAAAGCUUGUUUGUGUGCAAAUAUAAGGCUAAAUAAAUGGUGCUAAAGUGUAUUAUGACUGUCAGAUAAAAUCAGGCAAAAUUUUGUGGUGCUUAAAUUAAUUUUUUCAUUGAUUUUAUUGAUCAGUGCAUUGAACAGUGUUUAUUAUUCACAAGUUGUCUUUUAUUAGUAAAUCAAGGCCUCAUAGCACAUUGUUAAAUAAAGUGGUUGACUAGUCUAUGUAACAGCUCACCAAGCUACUAUCUCUUUUAACUCCUUAUAAUGUUGCGUCAUUAAAGGUCAAGGGGUCAUGCUAUUAAUCCCAUUGCUAUAGACCAUUAACAUGACUGAACUUUUCCACAAAGUACUUAUGUUUACAAUGCUAUAACCCUUUGACUGCUGCGGCAACCUUUAACCACACAAAUGUCACAAGCUAGAAUCAUCAGCAUGGUUCUUGCCAUGGCAAUCAAAGAGUUAAGGGCUGUGCAGUGAUUUGUUUUGUAUUUAUUAAUUUAUAUUUAUUUUGUUUCCAUUCAAGGAGGGGAUUGGGGUGGGGCAGUUUUUGUCUGCUGUAAGUGUCUUAACCUAGGGAAGGGUUAAAUGGCUUUUUAUACUAUUGCAUCUUCUGUAUUUACCAUCAAUUCAUUGUGUUGUAAUUAAAAGAAACUGUCAAUAAAUAAGAGAACAGAAAAAUGGUUCAUAGA